AUGUGGUGCGGAUUUAAUAGAAAUCUGGAUUUGUUUGAAGUUCUCUUAAAAAAUAAAGCUGAUGUAAACAAUGAAUAUAAGCUAUUUGGAAAUACCCCUCUGCACCAUGCUGCACUAGCGAACUAUCCAGAAAUUAUAGAAAUGCUGGUCAAUCACGGUGCCGAUGUGAAUUUACAAAAUAAAAAUGGAUGGACAGCUCUGCACUUAGCUGCAAGGCAUAAUCCAGAACUGAGUCAAACGCUACUAGAUCACGGAGCUGAUGUUAAUUCAAAACAUAAUGAUGGAUGGACAGCUCUGCACUUUGUUACACAACAUAAUCCAGAACUGAGUCAAACGCUGCUUGAUCAUGGUGCUGAUGUGAAUUCAAAAGAUAAUGAUAGAUGGACAGCUCUGCACUACGCUGCAAUACAUAAUCCAGAACUGAGUCAAACGCUGAUUGAUCAUGGUGCUGAUGUGAAUUCAAAAGAUAAUGAUGGAUGGACAGCUCUGCACGUUGCUGCAAGGUAUAAUCCAGAACUGAGUCAAACGCUGCUGGACCAUGGUGCUUAUGUGUAUUUAGAAGAUAGUGAAGGAAGGACAGCUCUGCACGAUGCAGCAAGGUAUAAUCCAAAAUUAGCACUAAAGCUGAUCGACCACGCCAUGAAUGCGGAUAUUUUGGAAUCAAAAUUCAAAAAUGAAUGGACUGCGUUGCAUCUUGGAAUGGAAGUGAACUGCCCAGAAUCAGUUCAAAAGCUUCUCGUCAAGGGCGCUGAUGUUAAUUCACAAAAUGGUGAUGGAUGCAAGGCCCUUCAAUUAGCCAAAGCACAGAACUAUCGAGCACUGGAGGAAAUGCUCCUCGACCAGAGAAUUUUUAAGAGUUUAAAACUCAAGACAGGAACUUCAGCUCUAACACUUGCCAUUGAAUCAAAUAAUCUGACCGUUGCUGAGAAUCUAAUUAAUAAUGGCGGUGAUUUGACGGUUCAGGAUGAGAAAGGGAUUAACAUCUUACAACAUGCUUUGAAGAACUUUGAAAUGGUAAAAUACUUGCAUGAGAAAAACAGUGAAUUAGUGAAACAAGUGACAAACGAUGGAAGCACUUAUCUGCACCUUGCAAUUGACAACGACGAUUGUCCCCUUGAAGUGAUCCUUUGGCUCAUUGAAGAUAUUAAAAUCGAUGUGAAUGGGACGAAUGAAUUCGGUGAGACGCCGUUCAUGAUUGCUUGUAGUAAGAAUCGAAGUGACGUCGUCGAAUAUUUGUUGACAAAUAAGGGCAUCGACUUGAGCAAAGAAGAUAGACGUGGAGGGACUGCCUUGCACCAUGCCGUCACAUCAGGAUGUGUGGAUUUAGUGCAAAAUCUGCUUGAUCGUGGCGCUGAUUUGACAAAAAAGGACAAUUACAACAGAAAUGUCCUGUUCUAUGGAUUAAAAAGAAUAGAAAUGAUUUUAUAUUUAAGCAGGAAAAACAUGGAAUUCGUUAAAGAAGUGGACUCGAAUCAAAGCACAUUACUUAUGUACGCAAUCAUAGAUAGUUAUGUGGUUGAAAGAGAUGUGGUUCAUUGGCUGAUUGAGGAAUCUGGAAUCGAUCUAAAUGCCGUGGACCAAAAUGGGAAUUCAGCAAUAAAUUGUGCCUGCGUGAAGAGAAUGUGGGAUUUUGUUGAAAUUCUGUUGACGAAGGAUGUGGAUAUCCGAAUUAAAAAUGCAAAUGGUGAAAACCUUCUUCACCUCGCUGCAGAAUCAGGAAACUCGGAUUUGGUGCAGAAGCUGAUUGAACGUGGUAUCAAUCCGACUUUGAAAGACAAUCUCGGAAAGAAUACAUUGCACUACGCAUUGCAACACUUUGACAUUGUUAAACAUUUGGACAGAGAACUUGCGAAGGAAGUGACAGAAGAUAAAAACACUUCAUUGCACCUUGCAAUCAAUAUGUAUGACUAUUCGAUUGAAGUGAUUCGGUGGCUCUUAGAUGAAGCUCAAGUAGACGUAAACGCUAAAAAUGAAAAUGGCGAGACUGCGUUGAUGACAGCUUGUUCGAAAAAUAGAUUUGACGUCAUCCAAAUUCUUCUGGAAAAUAAAGCAGACGUCAGCAUUCAGGACAACAAAGGACGAACUGCUCUGCACCACGCCGCAAGAUCAGGUCACUUAGACAUGAUUAAAAUGCUGUUUGAUCAUAUGGCCUCAGAGAAGAACGAAGAUGGCUCCCUGAACAUUACACAGACUCUCGUCGAGCUUGUCAAACACGUUGACAAGGAGGACAACACAUUGUUAACCUUGGCGAUGGAAAGUAACAAAAAGUUAGACGAGAAAGUGAUUAGUUGGCUGGUCGAUGACAUCAAAUUAGAUUUGAAUGCGGUCAACUGCAAUGGCGAAUCAGCGCUUCUUCUCGCUUGCAAGCACAGAAAAUGGGACGCCGUUGACAUUUUGCUGUCCAGAGACGACACUGACAUCGGUUCCAAAGAUCAGAAAGAAAGAACUGCUUUGCACUGGGCCGCGGCGUCUGGAAACCUGGCUGUAGUUCAGAGGCUGGUCGAGCGUGGCGCUGAUUUAACUUUGAAGGACAGCGACGGAAUGAACGUGAUGCACCAUGCCCUGAGAGAUGUCGAAACAGUAAAAGUCUUUCACAAACUGAACAAAGAGCUUGUGACGGAAAUAACUAAAAACGGAAGCACCUGUUUGCACCUGGCAGUCAUUCGCGGCUCACCCGAAGUGAUUCGUUGGCUCAUCGAUGAGGGAAUCGAAGUCGAUCUGGACAAAAGCAAUUAUCUUGGUUUGACCGCUCUUUCGCUUGCAUGCCGCAGGAAUAUGUGGGAGGUCGUCGGUCUUUUGGUGGAGAACAACGUGGACAUCAGCAAAACAGACCGAGCGGGUAAAAAUGUCCUCAACUACGCCGAAGAAGCAAAACAUUUCGAUUUGGUAGAAAAACUGCGUGUGUUAAGCGAUCCUAAGUAAUUUUAUUUUAUAUUUUCUAUUAACUCUAAAGGGAAAAUUAUAUUUUGAGCUUUAUGUUACCUUCAUAUUAAUUGAAAAUUCAUGUUUUUAUCUUGUAUAACUAACUUUAAAUAUUGUAUCUUUUAGUUUGGCUUUUAUAUAUUUUGAAGUGAAAAAUUAAAUUGUUUAUAAUAUAAUAUUUGACUUUAUGUUUUUUAAAUCUCUUCAUCCACUCACAUAAAUAAAAAUGCUUCCUUUCGUAAGCGGGGAAUAAAUGAAGUAGAACAUAAGGUAUUUUUUUUAAAAAUGAGAUUUGCAAAAUAAAUGCAUGUUAUACUUACUCCAAUUAUUUUCUCAAUUUUUAGUUUUUACCAUGCAAAGAUUUAUUUUGUCAAUUGUACAAUGUGAAAUUAGAAAUUCGCUUCGACACUUUAAACAGAGAAAUGAAAUGAUUAUAAAAAUAUUAUAUUUCAAACACAGUCAAUUAUGCGCACCAUUUUUACAAUGCUUCCACUCUUGCGUGCAAUUUAUUUCACAAGUUGAGAGUUUAAAAAGUUUUCUUUACAUAAAAAUGAAUGUAAAUUUAUGAAACAAUUUUUCUAAAUUUACCUGUCUCUGCUAAUUUGAAAUUUCACCAUUUACUAUUUAUCGUUAGAUAUCCUGCGCAAAUUAAUAUUACAAUAUUUGAAGAAAUUAAAUUUGAGCGUGGUGCAUUGAAGGAUUGUUUAAAAGAAAUGAAUAAAGGAAAUUUCAGAUUUUUAUUUUAUUAUUAAAACAAUAUGUCUCGCGGCGGAGGAAAGGAGGAUUUUAUCUGCAGGGUUGGCGUCGAGGAUGACCUUGCUUGUUGCGCUCGGCCAGAGGCUGCUCGCGGCUCUGCGUCGGCGUGGCUCCGCUUGCUCGCCUCCAGCUGGGGCUGCAUCAGCCUGUUGACGUAGGAAACCUCUCCGAGCGCCGACUCCUCGCGACUCAGGGCGCAGGGCGCACCCGACACUCCGCUCGUUCGCUUCACUUCCUCCAAGCCACUCGACGCCACACCCUCCACUGCCAAAAUGAUCAAUUUGCAAUCGGCUUUCAAAGGGAAAGCGCAGAUGGGGCGGGUCUCUCAGGAUUGUCGGCGCCGUCGUCCUGCUCGAGGUUGUGAAGGAAGUGCAGCUGGCCCUGCUUGCGCCUGCGCAGACUGCGUUCGCCCUUUGUGUAGUCUAGAUUUUCUAAAUUUUAAAUAAUUUUAAAAUGAAUCUCUUAUGUAACUCUUCGGAAUGAUCCGCACGACCGGCCGUGAAACAAGAAUAACCGUGUUUUCGUAUAAAAUUUGCAUUUCUUUAUUUUUCUUUUUACGUUGCGCGAGCACUGUUUCACUCAAAGUAGUUUUGGCGGCGUCUUCCAUGCCCCAAAAUGUAUUUUUCCAGCUUUUAAUAAAACCAAAGAGACAAAUAAA